UAGUGGCAGGUAAAUAGUUUACUUCCGGGUGACAGGGGCACCUUGGCUGUGUGUUCGGCAAGAUGGCGGCUCUGGUGAAGUUGGGAUCGCUGUGCAGGGGAGGCAGAGCUUUUGCUUUUGGGAAUUCUUUCCUGAUCAGACCAGCGGCUGUUUUACCACAAGAUCGUCCUUCAUUUCAAGGCUCACUAAUCCAUGUUUCAUCCAAUAGACAAGCAGCAGGAUCCAAAGGAGCCUCCCUCCAUUGGACAGGGGAGAGAGUACUGAGUGUGGCCCUCCUGGGUCUCCUCCCUGCCGCUUACAUGUAUCCAGGAGGUGUCAUGGACUACUCGCUGGCUGCUGCUGUCACUCUGCAUGGCCAUUGGGGUCUUGGACAAGUAGUGACUGACUACGUUCAUGGAGAUACGAAGGUGAAGUUGGCCAAUACUGGACUUCUGGCUCUCUCAUCUCUGACAUUUGCUGGCCUGUGUUAUUUCAAUUAUCAUGACGUUGGCAUCUGCAAAGCAGUGGCUAUGCUCUGGAGUCUGUGAUUUGAAGGCAAACGAAUGUAUUGCAACAACUGUUUUAUACCUCUGAGGAACAAGGCACCAGACCGUGCCAGUAGAUGAUGUACGUUGGCCUGUGUAUGAUGGAGGUUGUGUUUGCAGCCAAUUAUGGCCGCAGUACGUUAUAUAUACAGUCUAUUUGAUUUUUUGUUUUUUUAAGUGCCCCCUUCUUCCAGAUAGAGCCACACAACCUUAUCCAGAAACGAUUAAAUUGGGGGAUCUGACCAUUUUCUGUAUUGGGAGAUUGAUUUUCCAAACAUUGUCUGCAUCCAGUUGCUGUGCCGGUUUCCUUUUACUGCCAGAAAUUGCACUAUAUGACAUUGUCCCAAUCACAAUUUCUUUGUCAAUAUAUUGGUUUGCCAGAUUGAUCAACACACUCUCUAUACUAUCCUGUCUUCCGGGGUGGAAAUGCAUCUGUACAUCAUUCAGCAUCACAGCUAGUUUUAAUAAGUUUCUCUUUUUAAUGCAUUAAAUAAACUUACACACUAUUUAAUGACGAGUGCCUGCACAAUUCUCAAUAGAACUCAGAAAUGAAUAUGUUUGGUUUAAUGCUUGAAAUAAAGAAUAAUAAAUUAAUACUGGCAUCAA